GAACAAGCAGAGCCUGCCGGGCAAAGCAAAGCAAAGCAAAGCCUGCAUGUUCUCAGUUGCUCCACGGCGUCUUGUCGGUAACCUGUCACGGAAUAAUGCCACAGUCUAAGGUGUCUCCGACCAAUGGAGGGCCCUCGAAGGACUGCCGUGAAGUCAAGCGUCCCGCGGUGACGCACGAGCAUGGAAAGAACAGCUCGGGUGGCCCUCACAAGCGGCGCAGCAGGCAACGUACGCGCUCGGGCAGAGGCCGUAGCCCUCCGGCGAGUUCCACUCAAGCUGCCACCGAGAAGCCCCUGGAAAGCGCUCACGAACAGAAAGAACCCACCGAGGAAGGCGGAAAGAAGGUGGUAGGCGAGGGCGAGCCCUCGCUCGGCAAGAACGAAGCCGAAGCGAAACAAUGUGUAGCUGCGACGAAUGACAACGUCGGCCAGAAGUGCGAGGGUCAGUCGAAGCGCAAGGUAUCGCUGUACUUGACCGAAGCAGAUCGGCAGCAAAUUAGCGAGGCACCGGCGCAGUCGUCGCGCUACGACCACUCCAUGCCUCGACCGGGCGUCUUCGAGGUACCGCCUGAUGACCCGCGCAGAGCGAUGUUCAUGUUGCCGCCGGCUUCCGGCCCCGGGGCGAGCGAUCGCAAGAGCCGCACCUGCGCGCGCCGGCGCCUCACCACGAUGGACUGCGCACUGGCCGCCUUCGUGGUCACCUGCUCGCUAGCCAUACUGGGUGCGCUGCUCUUCGGUAGGACCUCGCCAAGGCCGCCACCGCGGCUCAUCAAGGCCAAGGUCGUUCUCGAACGCAUGCAAGGACUCUGCGAGAACUUGGACUGCCGGGCCGCCGUGCGCGAGGUCAUUGUCUCGUCCGACCCGUUCACCAAUCCCUGCAGAGACCUGCAAAGCUUCGCGUGCGGUCAUUGGUGCGCUUCCGCGAACCGCACGAUGGCGGCCACCUACUGGCUCGAACAGCGUCGUCGUUACGUGUCCGUCGUGGAGGCCGCGGUGCUCCGCGUCCAUCGCAGGGCCCUGUUCACGGGCCAGCCGUUCGACUACAUGGCGUCCUUCUACGCGUCCUGCCUGGGGCUGCUGGGAAACAGAAAGGCUAGCCUCGCGGACUGCUGGAGGGCCGCAGGCGUCGAGUUGCCGCAGUGGACGAAUGCGAGCGACUUCAGGACGCUCUUCGCUCUCGCCGUGGACACCAUCGUUCACUCGGACAUGCCGUCCGUCUUCAAGAUAAAGUUCUACAGCGACAGUACAGUUGACGCCAACACGGGCACGGCGAUCGCCGCAACAUCCACGGAUGACCAUUACAGGCAAAUGCUCGUGGAGGAAGCGGCCGCGGAACUGGGCGUGGACGCCGAGCCUCUCCGGCGCAAGAUACGGGACAUCGACGAUGCCGUCCGAGGGGCGAUCGAAAACGCCCCGAUGGACGCUGCCGACACGUCCGUUGCGUGCAGCUAUUUCGACACGGCCAGGGUGAAGAGAGUCUGGUGCGAGGUCUUCAAGAUUCACCACCGCCGUUCGACGGCAUCGCACGACUCGUCCUCGCACGAACCCCACGCCCGCGUGACCAGCACCAACAGCCCACAGGCGAUUCGCGUCAUACUGGACGCUCUCGGCAGCGCCGACCUGGUCGCGGCCAGGAUAUACCUGCUGCUCGUCCCUCUUGCGAAGUUCAUGGUACUCGAGCAUCGGGUUCGGCCGCUGCGCGGGGACCUGAGUGCUGGCGCGAGAAGCGAAGUGUGCGUGCGCACCUUGCAGACGCACGUCAAGGAGGUCUUCGAGCUGUGGUUCAAGACGCGAGUGUUGCUCGAUGGCACCGCGACGGAUGUGUCUCGCAUGGUCAAGGACGUUCGCAAGGCUUCGAGCGCCACAUUCAAACGCUUCAAGGGCGCCAGACUGGACGAGUACGAGGCACACAGGACGACCGCAUGGGUGGAAGACCUGUUUAACCAAUCGAGAGUUCCCGUUCCAGCCGUGCCGGAGUACGGGGACGACUUCGUCGCGAACAUGAUCUUGCUUUCACGUUCCGGAGUAGCCGUGGGACGUGACGAGUUGGUCCACAUCGCGACGAUGGCAGAGCAAAGCGCCGGCUCGCACGGUCUGUGUGGGAGCAACGACACGUCUACGGUCGACGUGGUGGCGGGUGGCCGGGAAUUCGUGAACCUCUUGCUGCCGGACGUAUACUACACCGACUCGAACCGCAAGGUCCUCAACUACGCCAGCCUGGGAACGCUCCUGGCCGGCGAAGUGUUCGACGCGCUUUCUUCGCGAGUGGACCUGGCAACCCCCGCGAGCUGCUUGGCCAGCUACGUGAGCGCGAACAUGGGAGUCGCGCUUGGCGAGGUUGAGCGGGCGACCGUGCUGAGGACAGCGUGGGUGCUCGAGACUGCGCACAAGGCGGCCGCGCUUCGAGAGCCGGACGUCGCCCACAACGCGCUCGCGACGAGGCUCUUCGUCAUGCGCUUCUUGCGCACGCUGUGCGGCGAGCCCGAGGACGCGGCCAGGCUCUCUCGGUUGGCCCUCGCGACGCUGCCCAUCUACACGCUGGCGUUCAACUGCUCCAAACCCUCGGAGCCCGCGCUCUGUUGAGCAGUGCGCGGCCGUCGCGAUGCGACUUUUGUCAACGCGCCGACGCAGCGCAGCGUUUCGUCUUACGCAAGCGUGGAGACGUUGCGAUAUUUUGCCACGACAACGCUCAGCAUGUGAUGUGUAUUUUUGCGAUGCAUGCUGCAAUUCAGUUUGCGUGUGAGUGGUUUUCUUCGAUAUAAAUAGAAUGCAUGCUGUACUCGUUUAAGUACUUCCCGCGAUUCUCCUUUCUAAUUGCGCUCGCCACGUAACCGCCACGUAAGAUAGCCAACGAGAGCAAUCAUUGUAGUAGUUAACCUCACUUUGUUCGUAUCGCUUCUUUGUUUGUUCUUUAUCGCUUUUCUUGCUGCUGCGCAGUGCUGCCGAAAUGGCCAACAGUAUACUUGCGUGAAGAAACCGAAGCGACCGCGCGCAACUGUAGCGGGCGUUUUCUUCGCAUAAACGUUCGGCGCAGCUUGUCGAGUUCCCAGUGCGCCAGCCGUUUACAACGUGCCCACGCAGUUCGGUGUUUUCUUCUGACUGCUACAAAUACGUCGCAUUAUAAAAGCGGUGUUGCUCACGUUGCGCGCUUUCCGCGAUGGUGAUUUGUGCGGUUGAUGUUUCGUGCUCACGCUGUUUUCUGUUCAUCACGGCCAUCGUGAGGCUUGACUUGUCUUGUUUUCCGCAAAGUCGGAGUGAAUAAAUGUGACCGCUGGAAUAGCAGAGCAAGUUGGACGACUUGAUUUCUGUUCGUGAUGGAAGGAGGGGCACAUAGCACAGAAAGGGGACCCAGGGCAAGAUAGAAGAGUUUGUAAGAUAGACGCUUUGUGCAUUCACCAUGAACACGAAGGCUGGUAUAAAGAAGUCGCUGAGAAACCAAGAGUCGCCUAUUGACAUAUUGAGGCAGGUGUU